UUUUUGUCGCAGAGGUAUGGCUCUUUGUUGUCAUGAGAUGAGAGAGAGAGAAAGAAAGAGUUUUUAGAGAGAGAAACAUGAGACAACCACUGAAUCACUCGCUCACUCUACACGCUGUGUGCGUGACUCUGUCACUGUGCUUAUGUGUGUAACUAAGCACCCAAAUCCAAUGACAUUGCAGUUUCUGAGGAGAGUUUUCGUGUGUCUCUUGUUCUAGUUGCUGUUAUUGUUGUUCAAGUUUUGUUACCACAUGUUCAUGACCCUUCAAUUUCUGUUCAACUUUUUCACUUUCUUUUUGGUUUCCAAGGAAAAAGAGAGCAACUUGUUUCUGGCUCUAGUUUGCUUUUGCUUGGUUUUGUUAUUUGUCCCUGCUGCCACCUGGGAAUAGUGGUUUUUUUGUUUGGUUUUUCUUUUGGAGGUUCAAAUUCUUGUUCUGAUUCGUGUGAAGUUGGAAAAUUUACGAAAAAGAAGGGAUUCGGUGGGAGAAUGUGAAGUCUGCUUGCUUUUUUGCGAUGGCUUUCUUGUGAAGAUUUUGAGUUGAAAAGGUUGAGGAAGAUGCUUAUGCCUAUGCUUGUGCCUGUGUUGCACUUUUUAAACCCAUUUUAGCAUCUAGUGUAAAAAGUUGUUCUUGGUCUUGUUUCCAAGUGUUUGAGGUGAUGGGGUUUUUGAGCAUCUGAGUGAUUCAUGCCUCAUUUUGGAGCUUCUGAGAGUGGUUUCUGGUUGUGGCUUUCUUUCUUUCUUGUGCUUUCAUGUUUAGGAAAAGGCACACCCCUUCUCUUGCAAGGGAAUUAUUGGCAUUUCAGCCGCUUUUUCUUCUCUUCUUGUUCAGCUUGCACCACCACACUGUACAGUGUCAAGGAAGGUUGAGUAAACAUGUUUCUUCAGAGCCUCCUUCUCCUUCUAGGUCUUCACCAUCACCACCAUCAUCAGGGUACAAGGAUGACCCUAGGAAGAUCAUUUUGAGCAUGGUUUUAGGAGCAGUUACCGGACUAGUUUUUUCUGUUUUCUUUGCUCUUGUGGUUCGAUGUGUUGUUCAGUAUCUGAACCGCACACCAAUCCUCAAGGGCCCUGUUAUAUUCUCCCCCAAAAUUGCCCCCAAGACACUCCAAUCAGCUUUGGCAAAGGAAAACCACUUGCUUGGUUCGAGUCCGAAUGGGAAGUACUACAAAACUGUGCUUGACAAUGGACUCACUAUUGCCGUCAAAAGGCUAACACCCUUCGAGAGCAAUUCCCCAGAGGCCAAGAGAAAAUCAGUGAAGAGGCAGAUACAAGCUGAGUUAGAGCUUCUUGCAGGCUUGAGACACAGAAACUUGAUGAGUUUGAGGGCCUAUGUUCGCGAGGCUGAAGGGUUCUCAUUGGUUUAUGAUUAUGUUUCCACUGGGAGUCUUGCUGAUGUGUUGAAUAGAGUGAGGGAGAGUGAGUUAGCCUUUGGUUGGGAAGUUAGGCUCAGGAUUGCUGUUGGUGUGGUGAAGGGUCUUCAGUAUCUUCACUUCACUUGUGUGCCUCAGAUUCUGCACUACAACUUGAAGCCCACAAAUGUGAUGUUGGAUGCUGAGUUUGAACCCAGAUUGGCUGAUUGUGGGUUGGCUAAACUUCUGCACAACUUGGAUAGAGGAACAUCUCUCUACACCCCUCCUGAAUGUUUCCAUAAUUGCAGGUACACUGACAAAAGUGACAUCUUCAGUUUUGGCAUGAUACUAGGUGUUUUGUUAACGGGUAGGGACCCGAUAGAUCCAUUCUUUGGAGAAGCAGCCAGUGGGGGAAGUUUGGGAUGUUGGCUUAGACACUUGCAGCAAGCCGGUGAGGCUCGGGACGCUCUAGAUAAGAGCAUGUUAGGGGAAGAAGGAGAGGAAGAUGAGAUGCUAAUGGCUGUUAGGAUUGCAGCUGCGUGCCUUUCUGAUAUGCCUGCAGAUAGGCCUUCUAGUGAUGAGCUUGUUCACAUGCUAACUCAACUGCACAGUUUUUGAACCAAACCUUGAUUCUUCAGUUUCUAGAGAUUUUUUCUUUUACCCUUUUCUGUAAUAAGAUGAUAGGGGUAUUUGGUUGGCCAUGAUUCUUGUGUAAUUGAUUGUUUUGCAUGAUUUUGGUUUUCAUGGUGUGGUUUAUAUUUUCUUUCUCUAUUCUAUUUCCUUUUCUUUUGGGUGAUUUUGCAGAUUCUGUGGUGGUUUCUUAGGCCAUACUAGUAUAUCAUGUUUGUAAAUGACCAGUCAUAUUAACAAGAGUUUUCUUUUCUUUCCCA